AUGAAAGGGCAAGCUUUAUUGGCCUUGUUGUCGGCAUGGUCUGUCUGCUCAGUCGCAGCACCCGCAGACGCGCAGGCGACUGCCAGCGCGUCGCCGUCCCUGGCACUCAAGCCGACAACCUACAAGGGAUGCUUCUCUUCCUCCAACCCACUCAAAGACCAAGGCCCCUACACUUACCAGUCUGUUGGCUAUUGCCAGAAAAUUUGCGUUGGGCUUAAUAUGGCGGUCAUGGGGCUUGCUGGAGGAUCAAAUUGUUGGUGUGGAAGUCAACUUCCUGUGGCGAACAGCAAGGUUUCAGACUCGGAGUGUAAUGCAGGCUGCUACGGUUAUGAUCAACAAGAUUGUGGUGGAAGUGAUUCCUGGUCAGUCUAUUUGACGGGUACGGAAGGCCAGGUGGACAAUGUAGCGGCUUCAAGCUCGAGUACGUCAACAUCAGCAACACCGACGUCGACAUCAAGCAGCGCUCCCCCCGCUACGUCAACCUCGCGAGAUCCGUCCACGGUGACCAUUGGAGGACCGACGAUGAUCGUCACCAUAUCCGGUCAUACCUCCGCCGUCCUUGCAACUGGCACAAAUGAACCGAAGAGUUCCCAUUCACAUGGACCGAACAAAGCUGGCAUCGCUGUUGGUGUCGUCGUUGGAAUAGUAGUCUUGGCAAGCGCAGCAGCUGGAGUGUUCUUAUUACUUCGCCAAAGAAGACGGCGGGCGGUGGAGGAACAAUAUCGUCGCAAUGCCGCCAACUUCCCCGGUGGCGUGAAACCAGAAAGUGCCUUUUCUUUGGCUGACUCUCGCCUGGAACCGUCUGUCAUGAAUCGUCGACAGAGCGACGGCAGCAUUGCUGACAACCAGGAUUAUUCGAGAAGAAUCUUGAAGGCAAGUCACGAAUCCUGA